AACAAGGCCGAACAAGGUUGGUUUGCGGUGUAUGGGAGACCUAACCUCACCCUCGCCGGAGACGAUGGAGUCACCACGCUGGAGCCGCGUCGACGUCGCCCUCGACGGGUCGGCUUCCAAGGCGACGGAUCUCUUUGCGAGGACCCUUAGCGAUGCCUUCGACCAGUACCGAGAUGUUUGGAAAAGUUACUUAGCUUUGUUAAAGAGAUAUGAAGAUCUACAAAUGAAAUUUUCAGUAGUGGAGUCUCAGCUGAAUGAAUUGACACGGUCAAAACACAAAUUCAUGGGUGAGAACGAUUUGAAAAAGAAUGCCUGUCCAGCUUGUGCACACGUUCCGGUGGAUUCUCUUGCGAGAAUGGGUGGGAAUAUGAAAGAGGAAAUAGCGUCAAAAUCUGACAAAUUUGACGAUGUUAUGACAGAGUUGAAUUGUUCCAAUAUUCCGCAAUGGCACAAUCUGCCAAUCGAGAAGGUGGGAUCUCACAUUCCGAGCAGUCCUAUCCUUUGUAAUCCGCUUAAAAGAAGAAAAAGUGGCCUGUCUGGUGAAACUAAGUCACUAGAUGGCGAUAACGAGAAUGUACCAAAAGAAGAGCUUGAUUCUUCCACUGCGGGCUCCUUUUCAUCUGCAAGUAAAUCUGCACAAGCAUCGACUGUCUUGAAAGCCGUUGAAAACACUUUGUUAUCUUUAAGAACAAAACGGUCACCUAAAGAGCAAAGCUGUAAUACUUCUACCAAACUAAGCUUUAGCAAAUACCAUUGCAUUAGUGAUAUGGUGCUCACAGGGAAAAAGAGACUAAAACAAAGUAAACUUAUAUUUCAACCCAUGGAGCCAAAAACAGAUCUCAGUCUUCCUGACGUUUCGCAUAGAGAUUCGUCCAUGAAGGAUAAGAAUAAGUAUGUUCACGAGAUUACAUUAGAUGGUACCCAAGAUAUCUGUGAUAAAACUAGUGCAAAGAAACAACCGGAAACCAUGUUUUGCCCCGGGAGUGACAACGAAGCAACCUGUGAUGACAUUGUGGAUGUAAGUUUAAUCACUACGGCGCUACCCUCCAGAACAAAACAUAAAUUGAUGUUGAAAACCAACGCGACGCGGAAGCGGAUUGAUAGCAAUGAUUCUGUAUCGGAUAAGAAUUUAUUUGAUGAUAAUACUAUUGGGACAAACUUUAAGCCUAAUGCCGAAUCGACACAAUUGAAAUCAGUAUUCGCUACUAAUUCCGUACGUCAGGAGAAACCGUUUCGACUAUAUUCUGAUACCAGUAAAAAAAAGAAAAGUCGUUUAAACAACGACCCCUUCAAGAUUUCAAACCUUGUAUCGGAGGAAGUGCCAAGUAAAUUUGACAAUUGUACAGAUACGAAGAUGCCUUUUGAUAAGGUGCUACAGGAAUCAAAUAACCGUGCUUCAGUGAGGAGGGAUCUGAACGAUAGUUUCAACAUAAUUCCUGAGAAAAUCUCAAAGAUUCCAUACGCCCACAAAAGUAAGCCAGUUAGGAACAAAGCUGAGAGAGCGAAAUUAGCCGGAAACUCUUGCUGGGAGUGUGAAAAGUACUACAACGACAUGGGGCUUGAUCCAGAUGAACUGCAAGCACGUAAAAAUCAGUGUUCUCGCCACAGGGAGAAAUUCCAGGAACGGUGCAACACUCCAACGGAUUUUUGGAAUCCGGUGUUCUCGGACACUUUGCAGUCAACUUUCCAGAAUUGACUCGGCCAAGGCGGCCUCGUCGGCUUUCUGGAAACAAUUCUGCGAGCAAUCUGUAAAUACUUCGGCUCCGCUGUAAACGUGAAACGUGCUCGACGUCCUCGAUGAAUAAUAAUUCCGUGGCAGCCUAAUUGAACGCUGUCGCAAGCUGUAAUUCAAGGGGAAAAUUGCUCGGCGAGAAUAAAUGGAGUAUAAACAGAGAUGAGUUGGGAGAUUGCUCACGGGCAGGGUCGUGUGAUUGCAUCGUGUGCUGCCCUCUGAUUUCGUACGUUAGCUUUCACCGUUUUUUG